UAGUAGGCGUGGCUUCAUGCGGCCGGGGAGGAACUAAACAUGGCAGCCCCCGUGUGAAAGUCACGUUACUGCAAUCCUUUAGGUUUAGGCCGUCAUAUUUGUGUAUGUUUAUGUUGUUUAUAAUGUACAAUUAAGGUACAUUUCAGGUAUAUACACAUUUAUAGCAUUUUAGUUAAAUAAGGGACGAUAGGGCUUCCUCUCCAAACAUUUGUUAGGCCGACUCACUCAGCUGGCAAGUUCACCUUUUAGCCAACGUUCAGAUCAAUUAUGGAGCCUGAAAUGCAAAUCCGGAAUCUUCGGGAUUUCCUGCUGGUGUACAAUCGCAUGACCGAAACCUGUUUCCAACGAUGCUCUAGCAAUUUUAACUACAGAAAUCUGACAAUGGUGGAGGACCGUUGUGUGGAUAACUGCGCUGGGAAGCUGAUUCGCGCUAACAAUCGUCUGAUGGGCACCUAUGUGCAGUUGAUGCCAAAAAUGGUCCAGAAACGCAUGGAUGAGAUGCAGAGCAAGGUUGCAGAGGCAGAGGCAGCAGCAGCAGCCGCAGCCGCAGCAGCAGCAGGGUCGGUCACCGAAGCUCCAAACACCACAGAAUUCUCCAUAGACCAAACCUCACCACUGCCUCCACCUGCUUACCCGUCUCCAGUCGAUACGGAUACAGGACCCCUGCAUGUACUCACUGGACCCGUGCUUGAUUCAGGUCCUACGUCCCUGGUGGAGGCGACACAAAGCCACAUGGCCCUUCCUGUACCAAUCAUACCAGCCCCAGCAGAAGCGUUUAUUCCAACACCUUUUGAUAACGUGGGGAUUAAACCUGCUUCUACGUUUAUUCCACCAUCUUUUGAUAACGUGGGGGUUGGACCAGUGUCUACGGUAGUUUCCCCUCUGCCAGGACCCUCUGUCAGCAGCAUACAUGAUACACCUCUUCCUGUAGCCCAUAUCACCCCACCUGUAGUACCUGCUCCAUCUGUACCGACCCCAGCCAGACCAGAGAGCCUCGCAGCGGACGUGUCAACAAUAUCUAAAGCCUAGUGGUUGUGGAGAGAACCAUGGCGCUCCUCUCUGCCAGGCCGGAAGGAUGGCUCAGCCUUCAAAGAUGUCGACCAACCUCUUUUUACCAUCAACAACCACAACUACAGCUUGGUUGUUAUUAUCCACACACAAUCCCAUACUGGGCGUCCAGAGAGAGUCAUAGUGACGCACUAAUAAGAUAUUAUAGAUAAUAAUUGUGUAUUAGCAAAAAUAUGCCUAUCCCUUUUUAUUAAUUUUUUCGUGUCAUAGUAAAGUUAACUAAUGACCGAUAUACAAAGUCACAUGUGAUAUUGUUUGUAUAUAUGUCACUGGCUGAUAAUGAAGAGUAAGCAUCAACAAUAUAAGUUAAAUAAAGGCCAUUGUAUUAGUGGAAAGGAUGAUAACUUCAGGUUCUGGUGGUAAAAGAUUGAUAUGUGUUUAACGCACACACUUGUUUGUUUGUCUCAUUGUGGAUAAUGUGGAAUCCCAUCUUACUCCAAUUAUUUCUUUGUCAAUGCAGUUUUCUUAAUUAAAAGAAGCCAUCUGAAAUGCUA